AUGCCAUGGCCCGACAAUAUUGUGAUGGAAGUUGGUAAAAAGGGAGUCCCGGCUAGCAAACGAAUCAAGAAUAGGGUCGUUCCAACCAGCUACGUUCAGACGUCUGUUGCUACGGAUACUGGAAAACUGGACGGUGUUGAAGUGUACGCGGACGACAUUGCUGUGUUCUGGAAGACACCAGAGGAACAUGUCCAUCGGCUGGAACCGGUGCUUAGGAGAAUCAAAAUGCAGGUUUGA